UUUCCGUUGAGAUUCACACUUGUCAGUGCCGAGUGCGUGAGCUUUUCCCACGUGAAUAACGUGAACGUCAGCAUUUCACACUUCAAAAAUACCCGAUAAGGUGUGCCGAAUGUUUAGCACUUUAAAAUUAACGCAUAAAUACCUUAAAAUAAUAACCUAAGUGAUAUUCGCCGAAGUGGUUUAAUUUGAUAGCGUAACCUCUCGUAAAUAUUUAAGAAUUUAGCAAAAAUGUCCAAGCGACUGCAGCCUUCCUGGAGUCCUCCAGAAUGUAAAAGUGGUCCUCCUUUGAAGCUUUACAACAGUUUAACUCGACAAAAAGAAGAAUUUGUUCCUCAAUAUAGAAACCGAGUUUUGUGGUACAGCUGUGGGCCAACGGUUUAUGAUGCAUCGCAUAUGGGUCAUGCCCGAUCGUACAUUUCAUUUGAUAUUUUGAGAAGAGUUUUAUCCGAUUACUUUAACUUCGAUGUGGUUUAUGUCAUGAACAUAACAGAUAUUGAUGACAAAAUUAUAAAGCGAGCAAGGCAAAACCACCUCUAUGAAAAUUACCUUGCCGAAAACCACAGUCUUGAUCAAAUAUUGAGCGAUGCUAAAAGUGUUAUGCAGACAUUUGAGAAUACUGUGAAAACUACUACAGAUCCCGACAAGAGAACCAUGUAUGAAAGAAUGUUGAUUCGUGUAAAAGAAUCUAUUGAGAAACUCGAAGUAGCUGUAAAAUCCAAUAACCAAGCUCAAAUCAAAGAAUGUCAAGACGUUCUGCUCAAGGAAUCUAAAGACCCUCUUUCCGACUGGUUAGAUAAAAAGAAGGGGGAUACCGUUACUGAACAUUCAAUUUUCAGCAAAUUGUCUCAGCAUUGGGAGAAUGACUUUCACAAAGACAUGGAUGCCUUGAAUGUCUGGAGACCUAAUGUGCUCACAAGAGUCAGCGAAUACGUUCCAGAAAUUGUUGCAUUUAUUGAAAAAAUUAUUGCAAAUGGACUUGCUUAUGAGAGCAAUGGUUCAGUCUACUUUGAUGUCAAAGCCUUUGACAAGAGUGAAAAACAUUACUAUGCCAAGUUAGUACCAGAAGCAUACGGCGAUACAUCCUCAUUGCAAGAAGGAGAAGGUGAUCUGAGUGUUUCCGCCGACCGACUAUCGGAGAAGCGUUCAGUCACAGAUUUUGCACUGUGGAAGAGCUCGAAAGCAGGUGAGCCUUGGUGGGAUUCGCCUUGGGGCAAAGGUCGACCAGGUUGGCACAUCGAGUGCUCUGUUAUGGCAUCGGCCAUCUGCGGCGAGAGUCUAGAUAUUCACACGGGCGGUGUUGAUCUCAAAUUCCCGCAUCACGACAACGAGCUUGCCCAAGCCGAGGCUUACUUCGACAACUCGCACUGGGUCAGGUAUUUCCUACACUCUGGUCACCUUACCAUUUCUGGUUGCAAGAUGUCCAAGUCUUUGAAGAACUUCAUUACGAUCAAGGAGGCGCUCAAGAAGCAUUCUGCCAGGCAGCUGAGGCUGGCCUUUUUGCUGCAUUCCUGGAAGGAUACCCUGGAUUAUGGAGAUGCUACCAUGGAUAUGGCUGUGCAAUACGAAAAGUUCUUGAACGAGUUCUUUUUGAACGUCAAAUGCAGGAUCAGGAAGAUUGGCUCUGCUGGUACCACGAUAAACACCUUUGACAAGUGGGGACAGCAAGAAGUGGAACUGAAUAAUAAAUUCUGCGCCGCAAAAGAUGAUGUUCACAAUGCGCUCUGUGAUAACAUCGAUACGAGAACCGCACUUGAUAUUAUUAGAGAAUUAGUCACGACUAGCAAUAUUUACAUUAAAGACUGCCAAAAGCCUAAUACUCUAUUGCUCCGAGACAUUGCGGUCUACAUAACGAAGAUAUUCACCGUUUUCGGAGCUAUCGCCACUCACGACUCGAUUGGAUUCCCGCUUGAAGAUGAAUCUAAGAACGUUAACCUCGAGGAAACGAUAAUGCCCUACCUGGAGAUCCUAUCCGAGUUCCGCGAGAAGGUGCGCGGCCACGCUCGGUUGCUCAAAGCCACGGAUAUUCUGCAGGAGUGCGACCGUCUGCGAGAUGACAUAUUGCCCAACGUGGGUGUGCGACUUGAGGAUCAGGAAGGCGCAAACGCACAGGUGAAACUCUGCAAUCGAGAAGAACUGCUUCGCGAACGUGAGCAGAAGAAACGCCAGGAAGCCGAAAAGGCAGCCGAGAAGGAAAAGAAGAAGGCGGAGGCGGCUGCGGCUGCGGCUGCUAAGGAAGCGCAGAAGAAAAUUCCGCCGAAGGAAAUGUUCCGAUCCGAGACCGACAAGUAUUCUCAAUUCGAUGAGAAUGGUCUUCCAACUCACGACCUCGAAGGAAAGGAAGUCAGCAAGGGCCAGCUGAAGAAGUUGCAGAAGCUUCAGCAAGCACAGGAAAAGAGGUACAACGAAUACCUAGCCAGUAUUCAAAAUGGCUCAUGAAGAGGAUCUUCGUGAAACUCAAGAAAUCACUAGAGCACUAAAAGAGAAUAUGGAAAGAACUCGGUGAUGUUGUCUAUGUGUGAGAAACAUAGCUUUGUUAUAAAAGCUUUUUGGAAUUGAUGUCUCUUCGCGAUGUUAUUAUUUAUGAUAAUCAUGCAGAUGUAAACACUUUAAUUUAUACAAAAGAUUAACAAAACAUCGUCGCCAAGCCAUCGCUCACCGUCAUCUUUUCAAUUAAAAAAAAAGUAAGCACUUCGAUCGUGAAACAAAAAGUAUUUUGUACAAAAUAUAAAUUUAUCAUCGUUUAUAAAACAGAAGUAAUAAACAUUUGUAAGCUUUA